AUGGCCGCCACUAGCCACAAGAUUGGUACCUUCUUCCUUCUGGGCGCCGUUGCCCUCCUCGCCGUCACAAACAUAACUGCACCCGUGGUCAAGUCCAUCUCACUGCUGAAGAUAAACAUCAACCACACGACCGCCUCACCAGACCAGCAUCCUGUCCUGGUCCUCGGCACAUACGGGUACUGCAUAACCAACAGUACCAGCAGUCAUGGCAGCAACAACGCCAACACAACUGUCAGCGAGAACAACAACGGGACGAUGAAGAGCAGCACGGACGGCAACCACUGCUCCCCCGUGCAAUUUGGCUACAACACCGUCAGCGUGGUCGGCGAGGCGGCGGGGUUGCAGUUCACGCCCUCGGCGCUCGACACGGGCGCCGCCACCUCAAAGCUGACGGUGCUGCACCCCAUCGCGGCCGGCACAUCGGCGCUCGCCGCCCUCCUGUCGCUCGGCGCCGGCAGCUCAGGCAGCUGCACUGCGUUCUUCAUGACACUCCUGGCCCUGUGCUCUACCAUAACCGCCCUCGUUGUCGACUAUGUCGUCCUCAACAUGAUCCGCGCAGGCCUCACAGAGACUCCCGCCGCCGGAGCCAGCGCCGAGUUCGGCGCCGGAAUGUGGACCCUCUUGGGCGCCGCCGGUCUGCUCGGGCUCGGAACAGUCAUGUCCCUCUUUGCUUGCUGCGGAGGCAGUAGGCGGAGCAGGAGGGAUGACAGGUACUCCAAGGAGAUUGAUCACUAG